AUGUCGGACCGUAUUGUACACCAGGACGCCGGACACAAGCUGGCAGAGGACUCAAAGCGUAAUCUUGGAGGACCUGGUCCGGACCAGGGAGUGACAAAGCAGUCGGGUCACUCACACAUAAGCCAGCCAGAAGCCGACCAUGGCAAGGACCAGCAGAAGAAGGUUGGAAGGGAACAGUACCAGGACCUAAAGGACAAUAACGAGCGCAAGUGA